AUGUCGCCGUCGAAAGCCCCUGGCGCAAAGCGGCAGUCCAGGGUACUCGCCGCGCUAGACAAUCCUGCUUUUUUCUCUCCAGAUCCUGCGGCGGCUGUCCCGCCUGUUCCCUCGCAGUCGACCCUAGUAGCGCCCAUUAAGAGACCGAUUGAACCGCCCCCGGAGCUGCUGGGUACGCAGAAGAGGCGUAGGACAGAGCGGGAGAACGUUCCUGGGUCUGCUAUGGACGGCGUAACACCAGCCGGUGCCCAGCUGCUGUCCCAAAUCCUCGGUACGCAACCGCGGGGUAGCCAGCCUUCGCAUUCCGGCGGCAGCGGUGCUCCCCCGGUCGUAGUCGGCGGGGUUAUCGGCGGGAUCGCGGGCAAUGGUUUCCACUUGCGGUACGACGCGGAGGCGCCGGUGCAUCGCAUCGACAUGGGCGGCCAGGACCAGAAUAUGAGAAUGGCAGAGUUCGUGACGCGGACGAUCGACAAUGCGUCGCAUGGGAUUACCGUCAAGGCUGCGAUGGAGAAGCUCGGGCUGCACGAUGCUCGCGACCUGCUCCCGGGUCUCGAGGUGCGUCUCUUGCCGCACCAGGCUAUUGGCGUGAACUGGAUGCUCGAUCAAGAGCGCAAUACUCCGCAUAAAGGCGGCAUCCUAGCAGACGACAUGGGUCUAGGCAAGACCGUGCAAAUGAUUGCGACGAUGGCGAUGAACCAGCCCGGCGAGGGCGACACGCACCGCUCGACGCUCAUCGUCGUCCCCGCCGCACUGCUCCUCCAGUGGAAGGAGGAAAUCGAGUCGAAGACGAACGGGAUGUUCUCCGUGCACAUCCAGCAUGGACGCGAGAAAAUCAAGUCCCUCCCAAAGCUCGCGGAGAAAGACGUGGUCAUCACGACGUACCACACCCUGAACUCGGACUUUGCCGUUCCGUCGGACGUCGAGAGCUCAGACGAGAUGGACUGGAUCGUCACAAACGGCGGUCUGAUGGCGCGCAUGAAAUGGUUCCGCGUCGUCCUGGACGAGGCGCAGUUCAUCCGGAACAGAUCUACACGCUCGAGCAAGGCUGUCGCUAUGCUCCGCGCGAAAUACCGGUGGUGCCUCACUGGUACGCCUGUCACGAAUACACUUGCGGACAUUUAUGGCCUCAUUCGGUUUGGGCGCUUUCGUCCAUGGAAUGAUUGGGAAGACUUUAACGCGUAUAUCGCGAAGGUGCAGCUCGAGGACGCGCCGCUUGCGGGUCUUCGCGCCCAGGAGGUGCUGAAGCCGCUCCUGCUCAGACGGACGAAGGACGCCGAGCUGGAGGGACGUCCGUUACUCCAGUUGCCUGAGAAACACAUCGAGCUGGUCACGCUCGAAUUCUCCGAGGAAGAGCGGGAGCUUUACGACAGCUUCGAGAAGCGAGCGCAGAUCCAGAUCAAUAGGUUCAUUCGGGAGAACACGAUCGUGAAGAAUCAUACUGCAGUGCUUGUCCUGAUUCUGCGCAUGCGCCAGUUGUGCUGCCACCCGCACCUCAUUCUGAGUCUCACGGAAGGCUUUGAAGACCCGACGCUACUUGUUGGGAGCGAUGCCGACAAGGAAAUCGCCCGUGCGAACAAGCUCUUGGGUGCACAGUGGGUCAUGGAGGUCAAGAAAAGAUUCAUGGCGCGUGCUCGUGCAGCGCAGUUCGACUUCGGCGACGAGGACGACGAGACUGAGCCGACUUGUCCCGUCUGUGGUGACCUGUUCAUGAACGACAGUGGUCGCCUGCUUGCAUGUGGCCAUGAAAUCUGCAACGAUUGUCUGGAUGCGCUGGGUACCGCACCUAUCAUGCAUGACGGCGAGUUUGGUCUCGGGGACGAGCAGACGAACUUGCGCAUCGAGAAGGAGUUCGAAGCAGCCGCGGCUAAGGGUCUCCGCCCAUGUCCCACCUGUAAGAAGAUGAACGACCUGCGGCCGACACACGUCUUCAGAGCGUCCGCGUUCGAGCCCGCGGCGGACGAAGUGCGCAUGGCGAUGCAGCGCGCACGGGAAGCCCGCCGCCGCGCGGCGCCCGGACCGCCGAAACGUGUCGUGCGCAGGUCCGAGGUAGAGGAGCUCAUCGAGCUGAGCGAUAGUUCGGACGAGGACUUGCCGGAUAUCUCGCAGCUGCUGGCACGGGAGGGGAACAAGAAAGGGAAGGGGAAGGGGAAGGGGAAGAGGGUCGUGAGUGACGACAGCGAUGCUGAGGGCGCGCCUGCUGCAAAGGUGAAGAAGGAGACGCGCACGGAUAAGGGGAAGGGGAAGGGGAGGUCGCGCGAUUGGGACUCUGACGACGACGCGCCGCGCAAGGUGUCGGGUGACCUGCUCGCAACGUGGAACCGCGGAGACAACAACAUGGAGCCGAGCACGAAGAUGCUCGCGCUCAUCGAGCUCCUGCAGGAGUGGGAAGCCACCGGAGACAAGACGAUAGUGUUUUCGCAAUGGACGUCGAUGCUCGAUCUUGUCGAGACGCUGUUUGCGAGGUAUGGGAUACGGAGCCUGCGCUAUGACGGGAGAAUGGGCCGUGAGGCGCGGGAGAUGGUGCUCGCCCAAUUCAGGAAGUCUGGUGGGCCCAGGGUCAUCCUCAUCAGUAUCAAGUGCGGCGGCGUCGGCCUGAACCUCGUUUCAGCAAACAGGAUCAUCAACCUCGAUCUCUCGUGGAACUAUGCGUCCGAGUCCCAGGCGUACGACCGUGUGCAUCGGCUCGGACAGGAGAAGGAGGUCUUCGUGAAACGGCUCGUCGUGAGUAACACCAUUGAGGAGCGGAUGCUGCAAUUACAGGAAACAAAAGUCGGUCUUGCGGAAGCGGCGCUCGGUGAAGGGACAGGUGUAAAGCUACAUAAGCUGAGCGUGAAAGAGCUCAAAGAUCUGUUCGGCAUGAGCAAGAACCCCAACAAUAAUGCCGCCGGAAAUCGCUUGCGGCAGACAAGGCUUGACGCUAAUUUGGAUUCAGAUUCAGAUUGA